CAUUCGCGAUGCUUGAAACGGUAAAACACGUAGUUUUAGUGCUUUCUGGAAAAGGAGGUGUUGGAAAAUCCACUGUUAGUACACAGUUAGCCCUUACUUUUAAAGAAAAAGGUUAUAGGGUUGGUCUGCUAGACAUAGAUUUAUGUGGACCCAGUGUGCCUUAUCUAUUACAACUUGAAGGUAAAGAUGUUCAUCAAUGUCCUGAGGGGUGGGUUCCUGUUUAUACAAAUCCAGAUAAACAGUUGGCUGUUAUGUCGAUUGGAUUUUUACUAAAUAAUAGGAAUGCUUCUGUAGUUUGGCGAGGCCCAAAGAAAACAGCUAUGAUUAAACAAUUUCUAAACGAUGUAGUUUGGGGAGAUUUAGAUAUUUUAGUAAUAGACACACCACCAGGAACCUCUGAUGAACAUAUAACAGUAAUGGAAAAUUUAAAGGAUGUUAAAUGUAGUGGUGCAGUGAUUGUAACAACACCUCAGGAGGUUGCCAUAGAAGAUGUACGUAAAGAAAUAACAUUUUGUAAGAAAACUGGUAUUCCAAUAUUAGGUAUUAUAGAAAAUAUGAGUGGGUUUGUUUGUCCAACAUGUUCAGAAUGUUCCAACAUAUUUAGCUCAGGCGGAGGAGCAUGUCUGGCUGAAUUGGCCAAAGUUCCUCUGCUGGGUACGUUACCAAUUGAUCCUACAGUUGGGGUUUUGUUGGGAAAAGCUUGUGUUAUAGAAUUACCUGAUUCAACGUCAGCCAAAGUUUUCAAUGACAUUCUGUUACAAUUAAUUGAUAAAUUAUCAAUUGCUGCACCCAGUCAGCCUGUUUAAAUAUUGUACUAGUUAUAACUUAUAUGUUUAGAAACAACACGUAAAAUAUAUUCUACUAUAAUCAUUUUUA